AUGGCUGCCUCCCCCGGGCAGAGCCGGGCAGGCCCUGGGAAGUUCGCAGGCAGCCAGGGCAGGUUUGUCAACGUUUCUCUGGCAGCCCUUUCGAAAAGCGGGUGCCGACGCCUCCUCUUAGCUGCUCGGAGAUGCAGCGAGGUGGUGUGCCACCUGUGUGACAAGACGUUCAUGAGCGCCGCCUUCCUCCGCGGCCACCUCCAGCGCCGACACGCGGGGCACGCCGAGGACGGGGACGGCGGCGCAGCAGCAGGAGCUGGAGGCCGCCUGGAGGAGCUGAGGGCCCAGCUCAAGUGCACCCAGGGCCAGCUGGAGGCCCAGCAGGCGGCGGACAGGCAGAGGCAGCUGCAGGAAGUGGAGAGCAUGCGGCAGAGAGAAAUGGAAGCUAAGAAAGAGUUUGACGAGUGGAAAGAAAGAGAGCGAAGCAAAUUUUAUGGGGAGAUAGACAAGCUAAAGCAAUUGUUUUGGGAUGAAUUCAAAGUUGUUGCCAACCAGAACUCUACGCUAGAAGAGAAGCUGCAGGCCCUGCAGGCCCGCGGGGCGGUGGAGUCCCACCUGGGAUCGCUGCGGGACGAGGAGGCCGAGGAGCGGCUCCGGCAGGCCCAGGAGCUCCAGGCUCUACGGGAGAAGAUGGAGCUUCAGAAAGCACAGUGGAAGAGGAAAAUGAAGCAACUAGACCAAGAGCGGGCCGCGGAGAGGAGAGAGCUGCAGGAGGAGAACGAGCGGCUGCGGGCCUCCCUGUCUCAGGACGAGAGGAAGAUGGACGCCCAGGCCCAGCGCCAGCUCCGCGCCCUCCGCGCCCAGCUACAGGAGCAGGCCAGGCGCAUUGCCUCUCAGGAGGACAUGAUCCAGGCCUUGUCAGCGAGGAAGGUGGAGGAGGCGCAGGCAGUGCCGCAGCCCGUGGACGUGGACGUGGAUGACUCGUCCGAGGAAGAGCCGGACGACGCCCGAGAGGACCGGCGGAAGGUUCUGGAAGCUCUGCGACAGAACGCCACCUUGCUGAAGCAGUUCCGGCCCAUCCUGGAGGACACGCUGCAGGAGAAGCUGGAAGGCUUGGGGAUCAAGAGGGACGCGAGAGGCAUCUCCACGGACACGCUGGGGCGCCUGGAAGGCCUGCUGCGCGCGCGGAGGGAGGGCAAAGCCCGGACGGUCACCGGCUUCCUCCCGCUCAGGGCCGAGCUCGCCCGGGAGGCCACCAGCAGGGCCACGGCGGGGGCCCCCCAGCCCCACGGCCAGCCGCCAGUGACCCGCCAGCCGAGGACGCCGACCCCCCGGCGGACCCGCCGUCCCGAGAGCCACCGGGGCGGAGCCCCCCACAGCACGCCCCCCUUCAGCUCGGAGGAGGAGGAGGAGGGGGGGGCGGCCCCGCCCCGUCGCCCCCAGCCGGACCUCGACUGGUCGGACACUGAUUUCUCGGAGGAGGAGGAGGAGGAGGACGGCCGGGGCCCCGGCCGGGGUUCAGGGGGGCUGGCCUCCUCAGGAACCCUGGUGCAGGCCAUGGUGAGAAACCUCCAGAAGCAGCUCGAGGUCCCCGCCAGGAAGCCUGCGGGCGGCGUCAGUGUGCUGGGGGGGCCGGGGCGCGGCCCGCGGAGGGGGGGACCCGCCCCCGCCCCCGCCCCUGCCCCGGUCCCCGCCACAGCCCCCGCCACGCCGGGAGGGAGGCCGCAGCUUUCUGAAGAGAGCGAGCUGGAGAUCUCGUCCCUGGAAGAUCUGUCUCCCAGCCCGGGGGGGAAGCAGCCGCCCGCCCCCUCCGCCGCCGCCCGGCCCGCACCCCCGGGGCGCCUGGGUCGCCCCAGCUUCCCCGCCUGGUGACUCCGUCCCCAGCCCGGCUGUGGCCGCCCCGGCCUGGGGGGGGGGUCCCCUCCGCCCCAGGGCUCUGAGGAUGACGCUAGGGUGUGGAGGGGCCUGGAAGCCACUUGCACCCCGGUGGGCGCACUGGGGUUCUUUGGGGUUCCGUGGGCAUGGCGCAACAGGAGCCCGGGGGGGGGGGCUGGAACCUUCUAGAAAGGGGCUGGAAGUGGAUCGGGCAGAGCCGGGCUGUAGAGGGACAUGGAGCGAAUUC